AUGGAAAAAGCUAUAUCGGACAUUAUUAUGCCUUACUGGCACUCCGUGUGGGAGUUCUUAGUCCAGUUGAGAAGCCAGAUUCCUACAAAUGUCCUCCUGCUAUUACCAGUAGUGGCGAUGAUAUGGUAUCGAUCCAGAUCAGACGGACCAAAAUCCCCCGGAGCGGUCCGCAAGCUCACGGUGGUAUCCGAAGAUGACUUCCCGCCGAUACAGCCACUUGACAAGUUCAACUGGGAGACUACGGAGCCCAUGAAGCUACGGCCGUACAAGCCCAAAUACAAUCUUACCAUGGCUCUUGAAACACUCGAGCCAAGCGAGCUGAUACCCAUAGACAAGGAAUAUAAAGAUAGAAUCUCCGAACGCCGAAAGGUCCUUAAGGAGCACUACGAUAUUGCUCUGGGUAUACAUCCUGCCUCAAGCAAGGGGGAGUCAGAAGUAGAUGGCAAAGAGCUUCCCCUGGCCCACGAUGCAAUCUGCGAACUAUAUGAGUUUGUCAUGGGAAUCUAUCUCCCAAACCGAUACCCGACGAUGUUUAAAUUGAUCGAAGCCAAGUACGAGAGCUGCAAGGUGUUCAUGCUUCAGAAUAAGGUUACAGGGGAGGUGCUGCCGGCAAGCGUUUCACCGGGUCGCCCGCUGGUAAAUGCAUUGGAAACCCUAGCUAAAACAAUCGACGAGGACAUGCUUAUUCUCUUACCGGCUAAGGAUAAGGAUAAGGAUGCAGGAAAUGAAAGACGGAAAGAGAGUGGGCGUGCAGCUGGCUCGUCGAGUGUUAAGUAUGUCCUGCAGGCGUAUGUGACGUGUUUCCCGUCUGGGUUCAACACGCGCGAGAAACUUGGCAAACAAUUGAAAGAUGUUCAUGAGCCGGUGCCAGGGUACCGGGAGAAAAUCGAAAGGAGCAUGGAUCGAUACUUUGAAAAGCUAGAGGUCGGGAAAUUUGUGAAACGGGUGAAUUGGGGCAUCACAACGGGAGCAGGCCUGUUCUAUGCCUUUGGAGAUGAGCGCUUGGCGACAACGAUAGGGCAGGGGGUGAAACAGUUACGGCUAGAGGAGCUGGAUAUAGAUGAUGCAAGUACAUUCCUGCGUUGUGAGAGACAGACGCUUUAUCGUCUGCCAAAGUCGGGGGCCAUUGUGUUUUCGAUCCAUACGUAUAGGUAUCCUAUCCGACAGCUAAAGGAGGAAGGGUCCGGCGAUGACCUUGCUGCUGCAAUUGAGGGUAUUGAGAAUGGGAACGUCCCGUUGAUGGCUGAGUAUAAGAAAGUUCCAGCUUGGGGUGAAGCAGUAAAAGAGUAUCUGAGGAGUUGA